AUGGCCAGUUCGGCACUCCAACUGGAGCCGCCUCCCGCUCAUGUGGCACCUCCAUCCAUCCGCAUCAACGACGAGCCUCAGGUCGAUACUGUUGAUUACAUGUCAUUGGUUUCGGCGUGGCUUUCGGCAAGACCCAGUUGCUUUGCCCUCAAAAGACUUUACACCUCGGACAAACAAGAGUUUGAGCAGGAAGUGAAGCACUUGAAGCGUUUCGGCGGCCGACAUAGCCACAUUGUCACGUUGCUUGCUACCUUUGCUCGGCAGAUAGGUGGAGAAAUCGAAUAUUUACUUCUAUUUCCUUGGGCCAACUGCGAUCUGCUGGAAUUUUGGCGCCGAGAAGCAAGCGUCGCGAGGGAUCACCAGCUCUUCAAGUGGGUUGCAAAGCAAUUGUGUGGCAUCACCGACGCCCUCCAGUACAUACACGAUCCCAAAGUGUUGGAUGCAAACAACAAGCGACUAUUCGGUAGACAUGGCGAUAUCAAGCCCGAGAAUGUGCUCUGGUUCAAUUCUUCUUCGGACGGAGGCAACUUGGUUCUUUCAGACCUUGGCCUGACGAGAACACACCGAAUAGAGUCUCGAUCAAACAGGCCCGGCGCAAGAAUACCAGUCUCUCCCAAUUACAGACCUCCCGAGUGCGAUAUUGCUGGUGAUGAUGGUCUAGUGUCAAGAUCCUUUGACAUUUGGACACUGGGAUGUCUAUUCCUCGAAUUCAUGGUCUGGAUUCUGGAAGGUUGGGAAGGAUAUGACGCCUUCAAACGAAAUCGCAUGUCUCCCUAUAUUCACGGUCACGACACGCCUGUAUACUUUGAAAUCGUUCGCGUAAAUGGAGAUGAAUAUGCAGUGGACAUCAAGGAGAGUGUGACUAGGGAAAUUGCUCGGCUCCGGAGUCAUCAGAAAUGCUCGCAGUACAUCCACGAUAUGUUGGGCGUGAUACAGACAAGGAUGUUGAUCGUUCAGUCUGAAAACCCCCCGAAGAAGCGGAUCGCGGCACCUGAAUUAUUCAGGAAAUUGAAAGAAAUUGAAAUCGCCUGCGGAGGACGGGACUACUGCAUGAACCCCAGCACAUCGACCACAGCUAUUGAACCCCAUCUGCCAGUGCGCGCUCAUCUGAACGAGGUUGCACUACAGCAUAUUGCGGAUCUCGACACAAGUCACCUCAGCAACAUCAUCAGGUAUAGAGGAGGUCAGACACGGACCGCCGGGUCUCGGUGA